UUGAGAACAUUCUUCAAUUCAUUGCUUUUCAAUCAUCAGUCUUCUCUCUCUCUCUCUAACUCAGCUCACCUCCCUUCGCUUCACCUGCUGGACUCUGAGUUGAGCAGGUCAAAGUGCCUCCAGUCACUAUGGACGUUGCCAUCCAGCACCCGUGGUUCAGACGCGCCCUGGGCUCCGUCUACCCAACCCGACUCUUUGACCAGUUUUUUGGAGAGGGGCUGUUUGACUACGACCUCUUCCCCUACGCCACCUCCACCAUCAGCCCCUACUACAGAAACUCAGUCUUCCGCAACUUACUGGAUUCUGCAAACUCCGGCAUCUCUGAGGUGAGGUCUGACAGGGAGAAGUUCACAAUCCACCUGGAUGUGAAGCACUUCUCCCCUGAUGAGCUCAGUGUGAAGGUCACUGAUGACUAUGUGGAGAUCCAGGGAAAGCAUGGAGAAAGACAGGACGACCACGGGUACAUCGCCCGCGAGUUUCACCGCCGCUACCGCCUGCCCUACAGCGUUGACCAAUCAGCCAUCACCUGCUCCCUGGCCGCCGACGGUCUGCUGACCCUGAGCGGUCCAAAGGUUUCCGGCGGGAGUGAAACUGGCCGCAGCGAGCGCAGCAUCCCCGUCACCCGUGACGACAAGACCAACACGGCACCAUCCUCUUAAAGGCCAGGUGCUCACCAUGGUUGCUGGAGAAGCCCACGCCUCCCACAACAACCUGCGUUGAUUGGGACGGAUGAUUCUUCCUCUACGUUUCACUCAUCCGAGUCCUACUUGCUUCACUUUCCCCCUUUUUAUAGAUUCCUCUUAGCACUGUAUCAUUAGCAUUGUUGUUUUAAUUUAACAAACAUCUCUUCACGGGGGUAGUUAAAGGUCCAGUGUGUGAAAAUUAGCGUCAUCUAAUGGUUAGACUGCAGUUAAUGGCCAACGGAGGACGAUUUCAUUCACCGACACGUUUCCCUCAUAGAACUACGGUGGCCUUCACAGGUUUGAGAUGGCGGCCUCGAUAAAGCAAGACCAUUGUCAAAAGUACAUAUUAAAGGCAAUGAAAAGCAAUUAUACGCAAACAUAUUUGGAUAGUGGGGGAGUACAUUUGGCAAUUAAAUCUCCAUAAAUGUUACACACUGGGCUUUUAAGUGAGUGACGAGGACGAGCUUCAUUCUGCUGAUAGUCGUUGAUCUGUCAAACUUAUCUUGUCCCAGAUUUGGCAGCAGUGAAGCUCGCCGAGCCUGUGCUGAUUCUCUGAACCCUCUUCUUUUUUUUUCUCUCUCGUCUUCAUCAUAUCCUGUACUGUAUUCUAGGCCUUUGUUCAAUGGAGACCAUACCUGCUCAUUACUGAGAAGUCCAUGCUAAAGAAACAUACAAUAAAGGUGUACAAUUAACA